CGUACCCGAACCGGAAGCUCCAAUAGCCCUUACUUCAGCUGCAAUCGAAAUCCCCAAAUCACUCACUCGCUCUGUCCCUCUCCUUUGUUUGGGUUUUUCGUGCUCUCAUCUUCUUCCCCUCUACCUUUUUGCGAUUCAGUGAAUCACUGUAAGGUCAAAUCACUGUUUUAGGGUUUUCCUCGAACCCCACUCACUACAAGAGAUCGCUUUAGUUCCGGAAUCUCAGGGGGGUAAAAUGCAGCAGCAGCCGCAGCAAACCCCGGCUCUCAACUCCGUCCCUCAGCUUCCACUCAAUGCUGUCACCACUGAGCAGAUUCAAAAGUGUUUGGAUGAUAACAAAAAUCUGAUUUUGGCAAUACUAGAAAAUCAAAACCUUGGGAAGCUUGCGGAGUGUGCACAGUAUCAAGCCAUCCUUCAGAAGAAUCUGAUGUAUUUAGCAGCGAUUGCUGAUGCACAACAACCGCCACAAGGAUCAGUGAGCUCACAGCAGCAACAGCCGGUGGGGGUGGUCCAAAGCCCUACUCAACAAAUGCCAAAAACCCAAGCCACUAGUCUUCAGCAGCAACAAGUGCCACCAAAGUUGCCUUUCCAGCAGCAGCAGCCCAAUAAUGGCAGUGGUUUCCCAUCCCAAGAGCAACAGCAGCAGCAGAUGCUCCAGUUUCAUCAGCAGCAACAGCAAUUCCAAGGCCACCAGGCGGUCAACAAUGCCGCCACCCCCGCCAUGCACCACCAACUCAUGCGGCCCGCCCCCGCCAAUGGCUUGGAAGCUAACAGUGAUGGACUCAACACCAAAUUGCCUCCCGGGCAAGGCGGCGGCGGUGGAAGGGGGAAUGAGUAGUAAUGAUAAUAAUAAUAAUAAUAGUAAUGAGCUUUCUGAGUAGUUAUUGUACUGACUGACGUCAAUCAAGUGUACUACUAGUCAAAACAAGUUUGGUUUGUAUUCAUGACGAGGAGGUUUCAACUCUCUUUAACCCAUUAUGGUGAUAUUAAAACAUUUACACUAUGUUUGGCUAUGGAAUUUUGGUUCAAGGAAUUUGAAAGAAAAAAUCGAAGAAAAUGAUACUAUCUUG